UUGUGACAUUCAAAUCGCUGCAGACAGCAAAAUACGUUAUUGAUUUGAAACGAAUUUCACUGCCGUUUCCCUAAAAUCCCACGAAGUGAUAUAUUUUUUAUAAUUAUAAUAAUUAUUUACGGUUACUGAAUGUUGAUAUAGUGUAAACUUAUGAAAUGCUCGCCUGACAAAAGGACAUCUUAAAAGCUUCUCACUGUGCUUGCACUCUUACAAAGAUGGAGAACAAGAAACCCACUGGUGACAACUUCAAAGUGCCAACGUUGCCCGUAGGCCGCCCCCUGCAGUCGAGCAGUCAAGCUAACAUCCCCGACACGAAUGAAUCCACUUCAGCGGGCCUGAAGAGUGCACACGAGAAGAAGAGUGCACACGAGAAGAAGAGUACCUGGGCACUGACAGACUUCGACCUCGGGCGGGCACUGGGCAAAGGUAAAUUUGGAAAUGUAUAUCUGGCGCGCGAGAAGGAAUCCCGGUACGUGGUGGCGCUGAAAGUGCUGUUCAAGAGCCAGAUCCUGGACGCGGAAAUCGAGCACCAGGUGCGGCGCGAGGUGGAGAUCCAGUGCCGGCUGCGGCACCCCAACAUCCUGCGCAUGUACGGCUACUUCCACGACGAGAAGCGCAUCUACCUCAUCCUUGAGUACGCCAAGCAAGGCUCGCUCUACAUGCUGCUCAAGCAGCACGGCCGCUUCGACGAGAAGACUGCUUCCGUCUACAUCCGCGACCUCACUAAGGCUCUCAUCUACUGCCAUGCCAAGAAAGUCAUACACCGGGACAUCAAACCUGAGAAUAUACUUAUAGGACACAAUGGGGAGCUGAAAAUAGCUGACUUUGGCUGGUCCGUGCACUCACCAUCCUCUAGAAGAAUGACACUCUGUGGAACCUUGGACUACUUAUCACCGGAGAUGUUUGAAGGGAAGCCCCACAGCUAUGCAGUUGACAUUUGGAGUCUCGGUGUGUUAUGCUAUGAGUUACUUGUAGGAUUACCUCCGUUUGACAGCAAGCACUCAAAUCAGAUGUAUUUGAAAGUUAAGUAUGUAAUAAUUAAGUAUCCAGAGUAUGUGUCUGAAAAGGCAAAGGAUCUCAUAGGCAAGCUGCUGGUGGUGAACCCCGAGAACCGCCUGCCCCUCGCCAGUUUGCUGCAGCACCCCUGGAUUGUAGAGAAUGCCCCACCGGGAGCACAGCCACUUGCCUUCAACCCUGACCCUAAUGUGAAUAAACAAUAAUUGUGCUACAGGCUGUGCAUGUUAAUUACUAGUGGCUUUUUAAAUCAUGACAAUAGCAUUAUAACAAAAUGCCUAUGAACACACAUUUAGCAUAUUUUUCAUUAAAAUUUAAGGCCAUCUGUAAAAUAAUAAUGCCAUUUUAUUUGUAAUACUGUUUGUAGUAGGUAGUCUAAUUUGUAUUUUAAUUUUAUGAAAUGUCGUUAGAUACUAAUCUAUUUUGUAAGGGGCUUGAGAAAUAAUUUUAGUCAAUGUUGGCAUCCCUGCAUUUAUUAGGUGUAGACAUUUGGAGUCAAGUUUAUUUGGUAGUAUGAAAAUAAAUAAAUGAUUAUGAUUAUGUAUGUAGUAUGUUCAUU